CAGUCAUUUUUCUGAUCAGCCAACGGGUGAACAGAUCAGUCGCGGAGCUUAUGCAGCUACUUAUAUAUCUAUGUGUUCUAGUCUUUCGUACAAGUUACCGUUGUGAUCGUGCAAAUAAAAAUGAACGAGAAGGAGGAGCGCGCCGAUCUCGAGGAUCAGGAUCAGGAGCAGGCUGGCGGCGGGAAAAUGGAGAUCCUGCUGGAGCUGAACCUAAAGCAGAAGCUGGCCACCCGGCUGGGCACCAUCCUGGUGGCCACGGUCAUCUUCGGCGGCUUUUGCUGGGACAACGCCUUGGCCAGCCUAACACUGGGAGCAGUGGUGGCUCUCCUGCUAAGAAAUCCCACCUUCGUCUUUGCCUUGGUGAUGACCGCGUCCAGGGACCUCAAGGCUUUCCAGCGUUUUGUGGCCCUCAACAUAUACCUGCUGAAGAAGGAUCGCGGGGGAUUCACCGUGGCCCGCUGUUUCCAGGAGCAGGCCAGACGUCGUCCCAAAAAGACGUGCUUUGUGAUGGACGAUCGGCGUUUGAGCUUUGCAGAGGCCUUGGAGUUUAGCCAAAAGAUCGCCAGAUACUUUAAGGAUCGCGGCCUGGAGGAGGGCGACUGUGUGGCCCUGCUGAUGGAAACGCGUCUGGAGUAUCCCUGCAUUUGGUUGGGGCUCUCCCAGCUGGGGGUAAUCACAGCCCUUAUUAACUCCAAUCUGCGCGGAGAGUCCCUGCUGCACUCCAUUAAAGUGGCCAAUGCCAAGGCCCUAAUUGUGGGCAGUGAACUCCUGGAUGUGCUGAAGUCACUGAGGGAGAAGGAGCAGCUCGAGGAUGUGCCCAUCUAUCAAUACACAGAUGAAGAGGUACGCGGCGUUGCUGGACAUGAUCUUCUGCCAGGAGCUGUGGACUUGGCUUCUGCUCUAAAGACACAAAAGAAACUGCAGCUACCGAGUACUGCCCGCCCAGAAGAAUCUCGUUCGAAGCUGCUCUAUGUCUACACCUCGGGAACUACGGGCCUGCCCAAAGCAGCUGUGAUCACCAACCUGCGGUUCAUCUUCAUGUCCGCAGGAUCCUACUACAUGCUCAGGAUAUCCAGCGACGAUGUGGUGUACGAUCCCCUACCGCUCUACCACACCGCUGGCGGAAUCGUGGGAGUGGGCAAUGCCAUCCUCAAUGGCUCCACGGUUGUGCUGCGGAAGAAGUUCUCGGCCAGGAACUUCUGGCUGGACUGCAAUCGCCACAACUGCACUGUGGCCCAGUACAUCGGGGAGCUGUGUCGCUAUCUCCUGGCCACGUCCUACGACCCCGAACAGCAGAAGCACAACCUGCGUCUGAUGUACGGAAAUGGACUGCGGCCGCAGAUCUGGUCGCGGUUCGUCCGUCAGUUCGGCAUUCCGCACAUUGGAGAGAUCUACGGCGCCACCGAGGGCAACUCCAACCUGAUCAACAUCACCAACCGGGUGGGGGCCAUCGGAUUUGUUCCCGUCUACGGAUCGAGGCUCUACCCUGUCCAAGUCCUGCGCUGCGACGAGUACACGGGUGAGCUGCUCAAGGACUCCAAGGGUCACUGCAUCAGGUGUCUGCCUGGCGAGGCGGGCCUCCUGGUGGGCAAGGUCGAUGCCCGGCGGGCGGUGAGUGCCUUCCAUGGAUACGCCGAUAAGGGAGCCUCGGAGCAGAAGCUCCUUCGAAAUGUCUUCACCUCCGGAGACGUCUUCUUCAACUCGGGCGACAUGGUGGUGCGCGACAUACUCGGCUACUUCUACUUCAAGGAUCGCACGGGGGACACCUUCCGCUGGCGGGGUGAGAACGUGGCCACCCAGGAGGUGGAGGCCAUCAUCACGAACUGCGUUGGCUUGGAGGACUGCGUGGUCUACGGUGUACAGAUCCCCCAUGUGGAGGGCAAGGCGGGAAUGGCAGCGAUAGUGGAUCCGGACCGCAAGGUGGACAUGGAUUACCUGUCCGUGGUGCUGAGGGGCAGUCUGCCCACCUACGCCCGCCCCUUGUUCAUCCGACUGCUGGACGAGAUUCCGCGCACCGCCACCUUCAAGCUCAAGAAACGGGAGUUGGCCAAAGAGGCAUAUGACAUCGGCCGGCUCUCAGACCCCAUUUACUACCUGAAUCGGGACGGGAUCUACAAGCCCCUCAGCCAGGAGCAGUACGAGUCCUUGCGCUCGGGAAGGGCGGGACUCUGAGCAAGGAGGUCCCUCUUGUGGCCACUGUAUAUGUAUAUUGUGUAUAUAGCAGAGCGUUUGUCUGUCCCAAUGUAUUUGCAACGCUUAAGCAACGACUGAUUCCGAAAUACCAAAAUACCUAAAUGCCCAAAUA